UUAAUUUGUUCCCUCAUACCACAUGUGUGAAUAUGUAUAAAUAGGUGGUCAUCUAUGCAUUCCCAAGUCAUGAAAUAAACGAGUACAAUCAGAAAUCGAAGUUCUUCCAAGUUUGGAACUUGGUGGCCAUUUUCUCCACUUCGUCCCAAAGAACUCCCCCCCAAAAGCCAAGAAUCUGAGCUUGAGAAACAAAAGAAAAGAAAAAUGGCCCUCCAUUUCUCUCCUGAUGUUAUGGCUAAUGUCUUCGGAAUUCUUGGCAAUAUAGUGUCGUUUAUGGUGUACUUGGCACCUCUGCCGACAUUUUUUAGGAUUUACAAGCUGAAAUCGACCCAAGGAUUUCAAUCAAUCCCUUAUUCGGUGUCGCUAUUCAGUGCGAUGUUGUAUCUUUACUACGCAUACAUCAAGAAGCACAUGAUCAUCUUAGUGACCAUCAACAGCAUUGGAUGCGCCAUUCAAUCUAUGUACCUUUUGAUUUUCAUGAUUUAUGCAACCAGAGACGCUAAGAGGUUCACCACAAAGCUGUUGAUUGGGUUUAACUUUAUAGUUUAUGGUGUGAUAGUGGCUUCAACAUACGCAUUUUCUCACGGCAGUAACCGAGUCGCCGUAGUUGGUUGGAUUUGCUCGGUUUUCUCUGUUUGUGUUUUUGCCGCUCCUCUUAGCAUUAUGGUUAAAGUGAUCAAAACAAAAAGCGUGGAGUUCAUGCCUUUCUCGUUAUCAUUCUUCCUUACCCUUUGCGCCGUGGUAUGGUUCUUCUACGGCUUUCUCAUCAAGGAUUAUUACGUUGCUACGCCAAAUAUACUAGGAUUCGUAUUUGGAAUAGCCCAGAUGGUCCUAUUUUGCAUCUACAAGAGAGGUGAGCGGCAAGUUCUUCCAGAAGCAGACCUGAAAGAAAUCAUAACCGUCAAAGUUGUUGAAAUCGGUGGAGUAUUGAGCACGCAACCGGCCGACGACGUCCAAAAGGGUUGCGAUUCAUGUGGAAAACCCAUUCAACCAACCGAAUCCAACGUGUAAUUACACAAAAAGAUGGAGAAAAGGGGAAUAAAAAGUGAUGGAGAAAAUGAUGGAACGUAAAAAUGAAAGUUUCAGAAUGAAGCCAUGCUUCUUACGUGCACGAUGAUCAUCAGUUACGAACAAUAUUAUUAUUGUUGUUUAAGGAAAUCAGUCCCAUUCGAAGCAUAGGUUUCGGGUUCCAACAUCGGGAGUUACGUGCAAUAAGAAAAUAACUUACUCUUAAUUUAAUUAGGUAAUUUAAUGUCUGAAUUGAAAAGAUGUAGCUAAGCUGCAUAUAAUUGGGAAUUUUAGUUUAGUUUUUGUGGUAUAAGUAUUGAGGCUGAUAUAUCGUACACUGCAAUUAUUGUAUUUCAUUUUCGGUUUCUCAUAUAUCAUCUUAUGUCGUAAUCAUCAUCACUAUAUAUUAUAUAAAUUAAUGUAGAUGUCUUUCUUUUUUCUAUUUAUUGCAAAAUGAAACAUCAAUUUCCUUCCACUUAUUUUAUUUUUGAUAUCAUAUAUAUAGGAUGAAAAGUUGCAUAAUUAUUGUUCCAUGUAUUGCCAAUUUGCCAUAUAUGAUUGUUGCGUGAUACUUCCUCUGUUUUCUUCGUCCAAAAAUAAUUAUGUGUUUGAUGUAAUUAUUUUUUAGGAAGAUAUAAUGUAGAGUGAGUAUUCUUUCAUUCUAUCACAUUUUUACAUAAAAGUUAC